GCCAAUGGGGACCAGAAUAGGGGCAGAGCAUCCACAAAGGACGCUGUACGUCCCGGCUCACCUAUAGCAGAUGUAGACCGCGUUUGGGUAGCACCUCGAGUUCCGUCGCCUGUCGAUCGGUCAGUGUCACGCGAAGGAAAGCAUCGUGAAGCCGAGCAACCUUCUCACAAAGAACGCGAGCAUCGCGAGACCCCUCGCGAUGCCGACAGAAUGUCGACAACAAGUACGUUAUCUACAUCAUCCCCUAUCCUCAUCCCUCGUCGGUGUAUCCUGCUCCUCCUGGGGUAUAGGGCGCAAUGCCUUUGCUGCGUCCCGCACAACCCCGAGAGUUGAGCUGCGCAGUACCAUAUUUCGUUCUUUUGUAUUCGACUUCUUCCUCGCAUGGACACACGGACGCUCAUCAUGGAUCCCUAUCUUCUUCCCCCUUUUCCCCCUAUCCUUAUAUCUAUCCUCUCUUUUUUCUUUUCUCCUUUGUUAUUCUCUAGGACCCAGAUCGCCUGUCAGUCACAGUCGUGACAUUCAAUAUCCGCCUACAUUGCCGUCUUCGAACGAUCCCGACAUCUCGCCCAAUGAGUUGCCGUCCGCAGCGAGGCAGAACAGUCGCUUCAUUCAAGUGCCUUCUGCUCAGAUAGACCAACGAAUUUCAGAUCUACCCGACAAGCCCUCGCGAGAACCGCGCCGUCAAGCCAGGUCGCUUAGCGCAGAUGGGACUGGGUCUCAUCAUCGAGCAAGUGAUCGCCAUAAAGCUGAUGCAAGAGCUCACGAAAGUCCGGACAUGGCGCCUCAGACGUUGCCCCAAGCUCCGCGGGAGCAGUUGGUACCCCUCACCCCAUCCCCCCCAAUCGAACGCUCUCGAAAACGGGUGCCUUUGCCACCGCAACGUGACAGUUUCCAGGAAGGCUCACGUGGCAGAGCGGAUGUCGGGUACCGCUCGCCACCGUCUGCCACUCGUGAUAGUGCCCCGGCUUCUCGGUUGAUCGCCAACGAUGUACGCAUUCCUUCGGGCCCACGCCUGUCUCCUUUGGAGACAUCAAGAGACAUCAGAUCCUCCGACGCCAGAGGAUCUCGGCAAGCACACUCUAGAUCUGCGCCUCAUUCGAAUUCUCAAACAGAUACCUAUGCUCAUAAUGAGUCUAGGGACAAACGAGGCAAAGAUCAUAUGGAUGUUGAUGACCCUCCUCCCUCCAGUAUCAUCAAGUCCACUGAACCUUCGCGACAGCUUAUGAACAGUCAGCGCUAUCGAGAGGAUCGCGACGGCUCCGCUCCUAAACGUCCUCGGGCAAUGAUGGACGAUGUUGAUAUGCCUGCACGACGGAGAUCUCCAGAUCGCUCUCCCAAACUGUCGCGUUCUGAAUGGAAAGAGCCUCGUCGCACAGUACACGAAGAUGUCUCUCGAGCUCCGCCCUUGCGAGAUGAAAGGCGUGCGCCUGUUGAGUCAUCGACUCGGCCCCGUCUGGAUAUUGUCUACGAUAGAGAACGUUCAACUAAGAUUUCUGCUGAUCAACAUCGGCAAACAGAGCGCGUAGUUUCACCUCUCCUUCCGCGCAAGCCUCUCUCUGUGCUUGAUCCACCUGUGAAUGCGCCUAUCAAUACAGACUCACCAUCACGGCUAGGCGCACGUGCAGCAAGAGUGGGUCUUUUGAGCAUAGUCGUUGGAGCUUGACUGAUUGUAGCACUGUAGACUCGCUUUGGACCUCCAGUUCCGGAAUCUGAGGGCAAACCACAUCUCAACAACAGACGUGAUCAGUCGCCUGAGAGUCCUCACUCCCAUCAUUAUGAUGAUCACGCUACCCCUCCUCCGCUUUCCAGGGACUCUUCCAUGACGUCGGCACGCGAUGCUGCUCAUCC